CUCUCUUUCUCCUCUCUCUUUUUUUUUCUAAUCACCUCACUGCAAUCGAACGCUGCAUCACCUCCCUUCUCUUCCUCCUCGCUCUCUCCCUCCUGAGAGCCCCAACAGUGGAAGUGGGGAUCGGAGCGAUUUGGGAUCUUGUGACCUUUUUCAGAUUUUUUUUUUUUUUUUCUGAGGGUGGGGAGAUCUAGAUCUGAAGGAAUGUGGCAGAGUGGUUGCUAGAUCUAGCUGAGGUAGAAGCUCUUCCUACUUCGAGAUCUGAGUAGUACGAAGCGCUUCUCGCACACCGAUUCCAUGGAGGAGGCCGGAGACCCAGGAAAAUCUACCAAGCAUCCGAGUGGUCAGGUUUGUCAGAUCUGCGGUGACGGAGUCGGUACCACCGCCGACGGAGAUCUCUUCGUUGCUUGCAGCGUCUGUGGAUUCCCUGUCUGCAGGCCGUGCUAUGAGUAUGAGCGCAAGGACGGGACGCAGGCUUGUCCGCAGUGCAAGACCAAGUACAAGAGGCAUAAAGGGAGUCCGCCUAUCCACGGAGAGGAAGGAGAGGAUGGGGAUGCCGAUGAUGGCGCAAGUGACUUCAACUAUCUGCCUGGAAACCAGGAUCAGAAGCAGAAGAUUGCUGAUAGGAUGCUGACCUGGCGCAUGAAUUCCGGGCAAGGGGAAGAUAUCGGGCGCCCCAAGUAUGAUAGCGGGGAGAUCCCGCGGGGUUACAUCCCUUCUCUCGCCCAUAGUCAGAUCUCGGGGGAACUGCCCGGAGCGUCUCCUGAUCAUAUGAUGUCUCCUGGCGGAAAUAUUGGUGGCAAGCGUGUGCAUCCCCUUCCAUAUGUGAAUCACUCCCCAAACCCGUCAAGAGAAUUCUCUGGUAGCCUUGGAAAUGUUGCUUGGAAAGAAAGGGUUGAUGGGUGGAAAAUGAAGCAGGACAAAAACGUGAUGCCAAUGACUAAUGGUACUAGUCUAGCCCCAUCUGAGGGCAGGGGAGGUGGAGACAUUGAUGCAUCCACCGACUAUAACAUGGAUGAUGCUUUGUUGAAUGAUGAAACUCGUCAGCCUCUUUCUAGGAAAGUGUCUAUCCCUUCUUCCAGGAUAAAUCCAUACAGGAUGGUCAUUGUUCUACGGCUGGUCAUCCUAUCCAUUUUCUUACAUUAUCGUAUCACAAACCCUGUGCAGAAUGCCUUCCCUUUGUGGUUACUAUCUGUGAUAUGUGAGAUUUGGUUUGCUAUAUCCUGGAUACUGGACCAGUUCCCCAAAUGGUUCCCAGUUAAUCGUGAAACUUAUCUUGAUAGACUGUCUUUGAGGUAUGACCGAGAAGGGGAACCAUCCCAGUUGGCUGCUGUUGACAUUUUUGUUAGCACUGUCGACCCAAUGAAGGAGCCGCCUCUUGUCACUGCAAACACAGUGCUAUCCAUUCUUGCUGUUGAUUAUCCUGUGGACAAGGUUUCCUGCUAUGUAUCUGAUGAUGGAGCUGCAAUGUUGACAUUUGAGGCAUUGUCUGAGACUUCAGAAUUUGCAAGAAAAUGGGUGCCUUUUUGCAAGAAGUAUAGCAUCGAACCCCGAGCUCCAGAAUGGUACUUUGCUCAGAAAAUUGAUUACUUGAAGGAUAAAGUUCAUCCCUCAUUCGUCAAGGAUCGUCGUGCCAUGAAGAGAGAAUAUGAAGAAUUCAAAGUUCGAGUUAAUGGCCUUGUUGCAAAGGCACAAAAGGUUCCUGAGGAGGGAUGGAUUAUGCAAGAUGGCACACCAUGGCCAGGAAAUAACACCAGAGAUCAUCCUGGAAUGAUCCAGGUUUUCUUGGGACACAGUGGGGGUCUUGACACUGAAGGCAAUGAGCUCCCACGGUUGGUUUAUGUGUCUCGUGAGAAACGUCCUGGUUUCCAGCAUCACAAGAAGGCUGGUGCUAUGAAUGCACUUGUACGUGUUUCAGCUGUACUGACAAAUGGACCAUAUUUAUUGAAUCUUGAUUGUGAUCACUACAUAAACAACAGUAAGGCUUUAAGGGAAGCUAUGUGCUUUCUUAUGGAUCCAAACCUUGGAAAGCAUGUUUGCUAUGUGCAAUUCCCACAGAGAUUCGAUGGGAUCGAUAGGAAUGAUCGAUAUGCCAACAGGAAUACAGUGUUCUUUGAUAUCAAUUUAAGAGGUCUUGAUGGCAUUCAAGGGCCUGUUUACGUCGGAACAGGAUGUGUUUUCAACAGGACGGCUUUGUAUGGUUAUGAACCUCCUAUUAAGCAACAAAAGAAAAAAGGUGGUAUCCUCUCUCUCUGCUGUGGUGGCUCUAGGAAGAAGACUACAAAAUCAAAGAAGAAGAGUUCGGACAAGAAGUCCUCAAGAAAGCACGUGGACAGCUCUGUACCAGUAUUUAAUCUGGAAGAUAUAGAGGAAGGAGUCGAAGGGGCUGGAUUUGAUGAUGAGAAGUCACUCCUCAUGUCACAGAUGAGCUUAGAGAAAAGGUUCGGCCAGUCAAAUGUCUUUGUUGCAUCAACUUUGAUGGAGAAUGGUGGAGUUCCUCAGUCAGCAACACCCGAGUCUCUUUUGAAAGAAGCUAUCCAUGUGAUCAGCUGCGGCUAUGAGGACAAGACCGAGUGGGGCAGUGAGAUUGGCUGGAUUUACGGUUCUGUAACAGAAGAUAUUCUUACUGGGUUUAAGAUGCAUGCUCGAGGCUGGCGUUCGAUCUACUGCAUGCCUAAGCGGCCUGCAUUUAAAGGAUCUGCUCCCAUUAACCUCUCAGAUCGUCUGAACCAAGUGCUUCGAUGGGCUCUUGGAUCUGUUGAGAUUCUUUUUAGUAGGCAUUGCCCUAUAUGGUAUGGAUAUGGUGGACGGCUCAAGUUCCUUGAGAGAUUUGCAUACAUCAACACCACCAUUUACCCGCUUACCGCAGUUCCUCUCCUCGUAUACUGUACACUUCCUGCGGUCUGUCUACUUACUGGAAAGUUCAUUAUUCCACAGAUUAGCAACAUCGCGAGUAUUUGGUUCAUUUCUCUCUUCCUUUCCAUCUUUGCUACUGGCAUACUGGAGAUGAGGUGGAGUGGUGUUGGGAUAGACGAGUGGUGGAGGAACGAGCAGUUCUGGGUCAUCGGUGGCGUCUCCGCCCACCUCUUUGCUGUCUUCCAAGGUCUCCUCAAGGUGCUUGCUGGUAUUGACACCAAUUUCACUGUCACCUCAAAAGCCUCAGAUGAGGAUGGCGACUUUGCCGAGCUCUACAUGUUCAAGUGGACCACCCUUCUCAUUCCUCCGACUACUCUGCUCAUAAUUAACCUAGUUGGUGUGGUGGCUGGAAUCUCGUACGCCAUCAACAGCGGGUACCAGUCGUGGGGUCCUCUCUUUGGGAAGCUCUUUUUCGCCUUCUGGGUGAUUGUCCAUCUCUACCCCUUCCUUAAGGGUUUGAUGGGCCGGCAGAACCGAACUCCAACAAUUGUUGUCGUCUGGUCCAUCCUUCUUGCUUCAAUCUUUUCCCUUCUGUGGGUUCGCAUCGACCCCUUCACCACCCGUGUGACCGGGCCUGAUGUCCAGCAAUGUGGAAUUAACUGUUAAGAAAGAGAAGAGAGAAAGGUGCUAGAAAUGAGGGGAGGGUGGAGAUGUGCUAUAUGCUUGUUAGCUAUCUAAUGAAUGGGUGAGUUUUUAUUUCUAGUGACAGAACAUCUUCAGGAUGCUGUUUGUACCAAAGUGUCUAUAGGUGGUAAGUGUUGUUUAUUGUUGUUAUUGCUUGUUAUUUAUAAGUCACUGCAUUUGUUGCAAAUUGGGUAGCACUGCAAAUGAAUUUUUGUACUUUAUCAGUGAACAAUAAAUAUAUUUGGCAAUUAAGUCGAGUUAUUUGUAA